ACAAACAAACAACAACGAGGAAAAUACGUUUUGGCUUUUAAUUUAACAAAUUGUAUUGCAUUUAAGCAAUUAAUAUGGCAUCGAAGAGAAAACAUAGCUCAGGCAUUACCGAAAGCGAAACGUUUAUUAAAAAACACACUUUAGAUUCGGAUGAGGAAGAUUCUGAUGAUUACGAGCGUGAUAACCUUAAUGAUAGCGACAUUGAGGGCGGCGAGGAGGGAGUUGGAAAGGUGGAGGAUGAUGUCAAGAUAACACCUUUUAAUAUGCGCGAAGAGCUAGAGGAGGGACACUUUGACAAAGAUGGUCACUACCACUGGAAUAAAGAGGCGGAAAUUAAGGAUAACUGGUUGGAUAACAUUGACUGGGUGAAGGUUGAAAAAAGUAAAAACUACUUUGAUCCCAAGAAGGAGGACGAGAAUUCCGAUGAUGAUAGCUUGCCUGUACCUUUAUUCAACCUGACAAUGUCACUAACAAAAAUGCUGGACUAUAUGAAGCCCGGUGAGACUAUUCAAAUGGCCUUGCAAAGAUUGGGAAAGAAACGACCCAAGCUAUCCACGCUUGAGAAAUUGAAACAAAAGAAAGCUGGCAUUGUGAGUAGCGAAACUCAAGACAUUGCCAAGCUAACCGAACUGGCAAAUGAAGUACUUACAAAUACAGGGAACAUGGAUAUAUAUCAGGAGUCCUAUGAAAAGAUCAAGAGUCAACUUUGUAAUUUACCAAGCACCAGCAAAGCGGCUGGCGAAUCAUUUGAUAUGUAUGCAGAUGACUUUGAGGAAAAAGAGUCCAAAUCCAUACAGUUCAAGCACCCGGAGAAGGUAGAGGAGCCAGCUACAAACGAAAUAAAAUGGGAGUUCAAGUGGAAGCAAGCAGAUGAGGAAAUACAGGGGCCAUAUAGCACAGAGAAAAUGUUGAAGUGGUCUCAAGAGAAAUAUUUUAAAGAAGGUGUUUACGUCCGAAAAGUUGGAGAGUCUUCCAACUUUUAUUCUAGCAAUAGAAUAGAUUUUGACUUGUAUUUGUAAAUAAGCUUAGUGCAUUCAUACAUUGUUGCUGA